AUGGAGCACACAGAUCCCUUCCUACAAGUCCAAGCUGACGUCCUGUCAACGCUCCAAACCAGCCGUCCGCUAUUCUCCUCAUACAUCCGCAUCCGAUCUCUCGCAAAAUCACCCUCAAAUCCAGAACUGCAACAAUCCCGCUCAGAGCUCGAAGCCACUUUAACAGAGCUGACAGCCGACCUCGAUGACCUGGUUGAGAGCGUGCGCGCGAUCGAGCAGGACCCGUACCGGUUCGGUCUAGAGUUAGAAGAGGUACAGCGACGACGAGAACUAGUCGAAGAUGUCGGGGCCGAAAUCGAACAAAUGCGCCAGGAGCUAUUGCAGACUGUUUCUGACGCUGAUUCCGAGCUACCUAAUCCGACGGAGUUUGAUGCCACGUUGUUGGAGGAGGAGCAACUUAAUCCUGGUGUUCGCGGUGGUGGUGAUGACUACUACGCUUCUAUGGAACAGCAACGCCAGCAUGAGCUUAUGCAUGAGCAGGAUGAACAGCUAGAUGGCGUGUUUCGGACUGUGGGGAAUUUGCGACAGCAAGCGAAUGAUAUGGGUCGCGAGUUGGAAGACCAAGCUGUUAUGAUUGACGAAGUUGAUACGCUGGCCGAUCGGGUGGGUGGCAAGCUGCAGAAUGGCAUGGCGCGGAUCAGACACGUUGUCCGUCAGAACGAGGAUACAUGGUCCUCCUUUUGCAUCGCAGCCCUCAUCUUCGCGCUCGUCAUAUUAUUAAUUCUCGUUAUUGCACUGUGA